CCCGGGCGCUGCCGCCGGUGAGGGGACAGCGCCGGCCCCGCGCUCCCGGCGGCUCCGCUCCGCUCGCCGGCCCAGGUCUUGCAUGCUGUGACACAAAGAUCUCCUCGCCUGGUGCACUAUGUUCAUGUUUUGAAAUCAAGAUUGAUUAGCCAACAGGAGAAGACCCAGCUGGUUAUGUGACUCAGAACCCUGUUCAUGAGGCACUUGCUUGUUUUUACAAGACAACUGUCCAGAGGAAGAAAUGACCAUGUAGAUUCUACAGCUUGGGUGCAGCAUAAUGGGAAAUGGUGAAUGGAGUGGAGCUGGUCUGCAGCCUUGAGAGCAGCCGUUCUGUGACCUCCAGCCUGUCAGGGACACCCUCCACGCCAGGGGCAUCCUCCACGUCGCUCGCCGGACACACGCGGGAUUCUUUUUAAUUUCUCCGAUUUGGAAUUCGAGGUUCCCGUCCUCCAGUUUUUAAAACAGUUUUAAGAUUGUAUCCAACUACAACGAGUGGAGCAAUAUAAACCAGCCACGAUGGGUGACAUGACAAAUAGCGAUUUUUAUUCCAAGAACCAAAGAAAUGAGGCCAACCAUGCAGGAGAGUUUGGGUGCACGCUGCAGGAACUGCGCUCCCUCAUGGAACUCCGAGGGACAGAAGCAGUAGUAAAAAUUAAAGAGACUUAUGGGGAAACAGAGGGGCUCUGCAGACAUCUGAAGACAUCACCAACAGAAGGAUUAGCUGGAACUGCUGCAGACCUAGAAAAAAGAAAGCUUAUUUUUGGAAAAAAUUUUAUACCUCCAAAGAAGCCAAAAACAUUCAUACAGCUAGUUUGGGAAGCGUUGCAGGACGUGACUCUUAUCAUCUUGGAAAUUGCAGCCAUCAUAUCUUUGGGGCUUUCCUUUUAUCAGCCACCUGGAGAAGGGAAUGAAGGGUGUGGUACUGCGACAGGAGGGGCUGAGGAUGAGGGGGAGGCCGAAGCCGGCUGGAUUGAGGGUGCUGCCAUCCUCCUGUCCGUCAUCUGCGUGGUCCUGGUCACUGCCUUCAACGACUGGAGCAAGGAGAAGCAGUUCCGGGGGCUGCAGAGCCGCAUCGAGCAGGAGCAGAAGUUCACCGUGGUGCGAGGGGGACAGGUCAUCCAGAUCCCCGUGGCAGAGAUCGUGGUCGGGGACAUUGCACAAGUCAAAUAUGGUGACCUUCUACCUGCUGAUGGGAUAUUUAUUCAAGGCAAUGACCUGAAAAUCGAUGAGAGCUCCUUGACUGGAGAGUCCGACCAGGUCCGCAAAUCCGUGGACAAAGACCCAAUGCUGCUGUCAGGCACCCAUGUCAUGGAAGGCUCUGGGCGGAUGCUGGUGACUGCUGUGGGGGUGAAUUCUCAGACUGGCAUCAUCUUCACUCUGCUGGGAGCUGGGGGAGAAGAGGAGGAGAAGAAAGACAAGAAAGUAGAUUCUUCCCAUCCCUCCUCCCACCCUCCUCCAGCCACAGAUGGUGCAGCAGGUGCAAAUGCCACUGAUAAUGCAAAUGCCAGCUUAGUCAAUGGCAAGAUGCAGGAUGGGAAUAUGGAGAACAACCAGAACAAAGCCAAGCAGCAGGACGGGGCUGCUGCCAUGGAGAUGCAGCCGCUGAAGAGCGCAGAAGGGGGAGAGGGAGACGACAAGGACAAGAAGAAAUCCAACAUGCACAAGAAAGAAAAAUCCGUCCUGCAGGGAAAGCUGACCAAGCUGGCAGUGCAGAUUGGCAAAGCAGGUCUGGUGAUGUCUGCCAUCACUGUCAUCAUCUUGGUACUGUAUUUUGCCAUUGACACCUUUGUGGUCAACAAGAAGCAGUGGUUGCCUGAGUGCACUCCUGUCUACGUUCAGUAUUUUGUUAAAUUCUUCAUUAUUGGUGUUACUGUGCUCGUGGUUGCUGUUCCUGAGGGACUCCCACUUGCUGUCACUAUUUCUCUGGCUUAUUCUGUAAAGAAAAUGAUGAGGGACAACAACCUGGUGCGGCACCUGGACGCCUGCGAGACCAUGGGCAACGCCACGGCCAUCUGCUCGGACAAGACGGGCACGCUGACCACCAACCGCAUGACCGUGGUGCAGGCCUACGUGGGCGACGUCCACUACAAGGAGAUCCCCGACCCCGACUCCAUCCCUGCCAAAACCAUGGAGCUGCUGGUCAAUGCAAUCGCUAUCAACAGUGCUUACACUACCAAAAUUCUGCCACCAGAAAAAGAGGGCGGGCUGCCUCGCCAGGUGGGCAACAAGACAGAGUGUGGGCUCCUGGGCUUUGUGCUGGAUCUGAAGCAGGACUACGAGCCCGUGCGCAGCCUCAUCCCCGAGGAGAAGCUCUACAAGGUUUACACCUUCAACUCCGUGAGGAAGUCCAUGAGCACGGUCAUCAAAAUGCCCGACGGCAGCUUCCGCAUGUACAGCAAGGGAGCCUCCGAGAUUGUUCUCAAGAAGUGUUCCAGGAUCCUCAACGCCGCCGGGGAACCGCGCAUCUUCAGGCCCCGCGACAGGGACGAGAUGGUGAAGAAGGUGAUUGAGCCCAUGGCCUGUGAUGGGCUGAGAACCAUCUGUGUGGCCUUCAGAGACUUCCCCAGCAGCCCUGAGCCUGACUGGGACAACGAGAACGACAUCUUAUCCGACCUGACUUGCAUCUGUGUCGUUGGCAUUGAAGACCCAGUAAGGCCAGAGGUGCCAGAAGCCAUCCGGAAGUGCCAGCGAGCCGGGAUCACCGUGCGCAUGGUCACUGGGGACAACAUCAACACUGCGCGUGCCAUCGCCAUCAAAUGCGGCAUCAUCCACCCCGGAGAGGACUUCCUCUGCCUCGAGGGCAAGGAGUUCAACAGGAGGAUCCGAAAUGAGAAGGGAGAGAUCGAGCAGGAGCGGAUUGACAAAAUCUGGCCAAAGCUCCGGGUGCUUGCUCGCUCUUCCCCCACGGACAAACACACUUUGGUGAAAGGUAUUAUUGACAGCACACAGGUGGAACAGAGGCAGGUGGUAGCUGUGACUGGGGAUGGAACCAACGAUGGACCAGCACUUAAAAAAGCUGAUGUUGGCUUUGCAAUGGGCAUCGCAGGCACGGACGUGGCCAAGGAGGCCUCAGACAUCAUCCUGACAGACGACAACUUCAGCAGCAUCGUCAAGGCCGUCAUGUGGGGCCGCAACGUCUACGACAGCAUCUCCAAGUUCCUGCAGUUCCAGCUCACCGUCAACAUCGUGGCCGUCAUCGUGGCCUUCACUGGAGCCUGCAUCACCCAGGACUCUCCCCUGAAGGCCGUGCAGAUGCUGUGGGUGAACCUGAUCAUGGACACGUUUGCCUCUCUGGCGCUGGCCACGGAGCCGCCGACCGAGGCGCUGCUGCUGCGCAAACCCUACGGCCGCAACAAGCCGCUCAUCUCCCGCACCAUGAUGAAAAACAUCCUGGGCCACGCCGUCUACCAGCUCACCCUCAUCUUCACCCUGCUCUUUGUCGGUGAGAAAAUGUUUAAGAUUGACAGUGGGAGGAACGCCCCUCUUCACUCUCCUCCUUCUGAGCACUACACCAUCAUCUUCAACACCUUUGUCAUGAUGCAGCUCUUCAACGAGAUCAACGCCCGCAAGAUCCACGGCGAGAGGAACGUCUUCGACGGCAUCUUCAGAAACCCCAUCUUUUGCACUAUUGUCCUGGGCACCUUUGCUAUUCAGAUAGUGAUUGUCCAGUUUGGAGGAAAACCCUUCAGCUGUUCUCCCCUGCAGCUGGACCAGUGGAUGUGGUGUGUAUUUAUUGGAUUAGGAGAGCUGGUGUGGGGUCAGGUCAUUGCAACCAUCCCAACAAGUAGGCUAAAGUUUUUAAAGGAGGCAGGGAGGCUGACUGAGAAGGAGGAGGUCCCUGAGGAAGAGCUCAACGAAGAUGUUGAAGAAAUAGAUCAUGCAGAGAGAGAACUCCGACGUGGACAAAUCCUCUGGUUCCGAGGGCUCAACAGAAUCCAAACCCAGAUCGAAGUAGUCAAUACUUUCAAGAGUGGCACUUCCUUUCAGGGGGCUCUCAGGAGACAGUCCUCCGUCACAAGCCAGACCCAGGAUGUAACCAAUAUUUCUAGCCCUAGUCACGUAUCGUUAUCCAAUGCUCUUUCCUCUCCUACCAGCACCUCUGCUGCUGCGGCUGGGCAUCCGCGUCGUGAAGGCAUUCCGUAGCUCUCUCUAUGAAGGUUUAGAAAAACCAGAAUCUAGAACCUCUAUUCACAACUUUAUGACUCAUCCUGAAUUUAGGAUAGAAGAUUCCCAGCCCCACAUCCCACUCAUUGAUGACACAGACCUAGAAGAAGACCCUGCUCUCAAGAAAAACUCGAGUCCACCGUCCUCGCUGAACAAGAACAACAGUGCUAUCGACAGUGGAAUCAAUCUUACAACUGAUACAAGUAAAUCAGCUACCUCUUCUAGUCCAGGAAGCCCAAUACAUAGCCUGGAGACAUCACUUUAGCUGAAAAGGUCACUGCAAAAAGGAAAACAAACAAAAAAAAAGAAAUAUUAAAGAGUUAAAGUAAAAUAAAAUAAGAAACCCCACAGCAACCGAGAUAUAUAAAUAUAUAUAUUAAAAACAUUGCUGGCUGAAAAGCUGUUUGAACUCUUAUUCACUCUGAGACAAGUGAAUGAAUUGUUGAUCACAAUGGUUUUGGGGAAAGAAUGAAUGGCUGAUUUACAUACCCCCCCGUUCCCUUUCAGAAAAACAAAAACAAAAAAAAAUCCUCCUGCAUGAAUGUACUGUACACUGCUGGCCCUUCUUUCUCUCUUUUUGUUUGUUUUUAUUUCCUUUUUGGUUCUUUUUUUUUGUUGUUUUUUUCCUCCUUAAGCAGGAACUGCAGAGGACUUCUUUCUGAGGCUAUUUAUCCAAUUCACUGGUCUGUGAGUUUUUGAAAUGCUUGUGUGGCAUGGACUCAAUUGUAUAGAUUAAUUUAAAUAACUUUUUUGAAGUUGCAAAGCUUAACUUGCACAGUAGAUUUGCACCAGUUGGACAGAGGAACUUAAACAUUUAUGAGACUAUAUAUAGAGAUAUAUACAUAUAAGUAUAUAGAUAAUUAAUUAUAUAUAUGUAUAUAUCUAUCUAUAUAUAUAUAGUUAUAUAUAUAUAAAGUUUCUUUGUUGGCAUGUUGCCUUGUUUCUGCUCAAAUUGCUCUGACUAUUUUAACUUAUUUAUGUCCUAAAAAAGAAUGUAAUUUGUUUACAAACCUGUAGAUAAUAUCCUUAACUAUUUGUAGGGUUAAGAAAGCACUUCCUGCCGAAGUAGUAUAAAAAUGGCUCAGCUCAGCUCAUUGAAAAUGUCUGUACUCUCGCACCCUGGAUAUUUUAUUACAACCGUGCUCUGAUUUCUGCCUGAUUUCCUUUUUGGGUUUUUAUUUUAUGGUCUUUUUUUUUUUUUUUUUUUUGUUAAUAAUGUAGAUACUGCUAGUAAAUAACAAAAGAAGCCAAAAUAUAACACAUUGGAUGUAGCAUUGUGAUCCUAUAUACAGGGAGGUAAACCAGGCUUCCUUUGUUUCAAAUAAAAAUCAAAAUGAUCAGGUUCUCUCCUUUUUUUUUUUCCUUCCUUCCCUCUGAUGAUCUGCUUGAACUCCUUUUGGUGCAACAUAACAAUAAUGGAGGCUAUUUCAUUCUUCAGACAUACAGCAAUGGCUUCGGAAACUAUUUUUAGAGAGACAUUAAAUGAGUUUAUAAUUUAAAAUAAGUUAUAUUUGGUUUGUCUAUAUGGAGAUAAAAGAAAUGUUCAAAUCUUGUGAUAUACUGUGUUAAUCCUUUUCAAUUAGUACUUUAGGCAUUUAUUUCCUUAUUAUUUGCAAAGUAUGGGCUGUUGGCAUUUUGGAUUAAAAUCACUGUAGGUUGUUGCAUUGAUUUCUUUUUAAAAGAAAAAUAUAAUUUCUGCACUAUUAGGACUGAACAAAUCUUUAUUAAUUGUGUAUUGAGAUGUGCUUUGUGUGAUUUUUUUUAAAUCAAGCUUGUGUUCCUGCAGUAACACAGUAAUAACAUUAUUUUACCUUCAGCUUUCUCCCAAGAAAGCUGCUUUGAAAACCUGCAGUAUGGAAGGCGAAAAACAUUUUUCAAGAUGGUAACAGCCCUAGAAAAGUAAAAAAUUAUGAGCUUAUACAAUUGCUAUGUCAACCACUUGAAUGCUAAGCACUUUGUGGAUCACAGAUUUUUCAUAACUAAUUUUUGUAUUUAAUAUAAAGUUUGCUUGGAGACUUUUCAGCAUAUGAUUUUUUCCAUAACUGUACAGUGCAAAAAGACAUUUGGAAUUCCACAAUCGAUUAUGCCAGGCGUUGUUGGAACAAAAACACCCUCCAACCAACCAUCUCCAUCCGUUGAGCUGUUAAGGUGUUUUUUUCUGGUUGGCUCCAUAACAGUGGUGCAUCUCUGCAGUCCCAGCAGCAGCUUUUAACCAAGCCAGAACUCUCCAAACCAAGCUUAGACUCAUGGCCAAACUGCAGACUGAUGUUUUCAGGGUGCAUCAGGACCCUCAGCCAGGUAAAGCUCUGGGCAGCUUCCCUUGCCAGCUGCGGGACUCGGGGCUGGGAGCUCUGCUGGCUGUGCCCGGUGCCCAGCCCCAGGGGCAGGCAGGGUGCCCGGGCAGUGGUGGCACCUGCAGCAGCCCCAGGGGCAGGCAGGGUGCCCGGGCAGCGGCGGCACCUGCAGCAGCCCCAGGGGCAGGCAGGGUGCCCGGGCAGCGGUGGCACCUGCAGCAGCCCCAGCCGUGCCCCAGCCCAGGCAGGAAGGUGCUCUGUCGUGGGGACUCCACCACCCAUGGGCUCCCUGGGGCCAGAAGACAAAAGUGGUAUCUGUAUUUACAGGGAAGCCUCUAGCUGUGGACUUGAACAUCUACAGAAGCUAUUAAUACUGGAACAGUUUCUUUUCAGCAUCUUGACACACUGACUGUUUGCCUUUUUGUUUCCCAACACUCUUCAUGUUUUUUCUCGGUUCCGUUUUUGUUUUUGUUUUUUUUUUUUUUUUAAUUAUUUUGGAAUUUUUUCCUGUAGGAGUACCCCUCCCUAAGGUACCAUUCGCAGACUUGAAAACUGUUAUAAGAAAAUGAACACUGCAUUCUGUGUAUAUAUAGUAAAACAUAUAUAAACUGAGAUGCAUAGAAAACUUGGGCUUUUGUGAGCAGAGACUGUGCUUUAUGUAUAUGAUAAAUGAUAGACUUUUUUUUUUUUUUUUAAAGCAGAAUAGCUAUGACCUUUCAACUACAAGUCGUGCAUCACAAUUCCUUUCUUUUAUUGCUUGACCUCUCUGUGAUGGGAACAAUGGAUCAAAAACCAAAAUGAUCAGUUUGUUAAAAUUCCCUGCAAUAUAUAAAUGCUCGCUCUCUACGUACUGUACUUAGCAGCAUGAGAUUUGUGGACAACAAUACAGUGGUACAUUGGCAAUCCAUCCCACUAGGGGUUAUUAAUAUAUGUUCAUUCAUCUGUUUUUAUGAAUUUUUUUAUCUAGACAAUAAUUGUAAAUAAAGAACUUACUCUGUCUGUUCAUUUAAUACUAUGCAAAAGGUUAUGCUUUCUAUUGUUAUUCUUAUUCCUACAGUGUGAUGCUGGAAUGUUUGUGGUUUCAAAAAAAAAAACAAACAAAAAAGACAAAAGUAAGUAAAAUAUGUGAUGUAAAUUAUUUUAUAGUUUGAAACAAAAUGAUAAAGAUUUACUCUUGCUGCUUUCUGUCUAAUAGAUCUCUCUCGGCAGGAGCACAAGUGGAAAAUUUAAAGAAAUAAAUUCACAAAGCAGCAUGAACAAUAA